UUGGCCGUCGCAACUCCUUCCUUCGUCGAUAUACAAUAGGCUCCGGCGACCUCCGGCAUCGUCUCCGACCGCCGGGGAUUCGCCAAUUAUGGCUAUGGCUACUUCUGCGAAGGAAGUGCAGGACGGUUUGGAAUGGCGGGUGAGGGUGCCUCAAGGCUCAUUGGCUGUGGUGGUCGAGUCUCAGCCCGUUUGGGUCGACCGAGCAUGGGCUUGGUUGACCGGGAUCGUGCUGGCUGUCGUAUCGAAGGCGGUCGGGUUCGGGAGGAAGGCUUGGUCGGUCGGCUCCGACGAUCCCCGGAGAGUGGUGCAUGGCGUCAAGGUGGGGACUGGACUCACGUUAGUGUCGUUGUUCUACUACACGAGGCCACUCUACGAUGGCGUGGGAGGGUGGGCUAUGUGGGCGGUCAUGACCGUCGUGGUGGUCUUCGAGUACACCGUCGGUGGAUGCCUGUGCAAAGGAUUCAACCGAGCAAUCGCGACGUCGACCGCCGGAUUCCUCGCCGUCGGCAUCCACUGGGCCGCGAGUAAAGCAGGGGAGAAAGCAGAGCCUGUCAUCUUGAGUGCCUCCGUGUUCAUCCUCGCUUCGGCCGCCACAUUUUCUAGAUUCAUUCCGGCGAUCAAAGCCCGGUUCGACUACGGCAUCACCAUCUUCAUCCUCACCUUCAGCUUGGUGGCCGUCUCCGGGUACCGAGUCGACCAACUGCUCUUUCUCGCGCAGGAGCGUGUGUACACCAUCAGCAUCGGCGUCGGCAUUUGCCUCAUUGUCUGCGUCCUCGUUUGCCCUGUUUGGGCCGGCCAAGAGCUCCACCUCCUUGUCUCCGGCAACCUGGUGAAGCUCGCAGAUUCCCUACAAGGCCUAGUGGAAGAGUGUUUCAUGGAGGACGAGGCCGAGGAAGGAAAGGAGCUGCCCACCGCGAAGUCGCGGGGCUACAAGUGUGUCCUCAACUCGAAAGCGACCGAAGAUUCUCAGGCCAAUUUGGCAAAGUGGGAGCCCGGGCAUGGCCGGUUUAGGUUUCGGCAUCCAUGGAGCCAGUACCUCAAGGUGGCAGCCGCCAUGAGGUAUUGUGCAUAUUGCAUGGAGGCCUUCAAUGGCAGCAUCUCCUCUGAGAUCAAGGCGCCGGAGGACAUGAAGAGCCAUCUGCGCGGCGCCUGCAUCAAACUGAGCUUGGACUCAUCGAACGUCUUGAAGGAGCUAUCGAGCUCCAUCAUGUCGAUGAAAGAGUCUCGAAGCAUCCAGUGCUUGGUUGUCGAGAUGAAGAACGGAGUGCAAGAGUUGCAAGUUGCUCUCAGGUCACUCCCCACUGACCAUGUGAAGAAGCAUAGAGCGACAUUGUCACUGAUGGAGGCCAUGCCGCUCGUCACGGCAGCUUCCCUGCUGAUCGAGGUCUCCGAGCGGGUUGAGAGUGUCAUCGAGGCAGUAGGCGUGCUCGCGCGCCUCGCGAGCUUUGAGCCGAGCCUCGACAGGAAGAAGGCUUCCUCCUACUCCUCCGUAGUCCCCCAAGAUGAGUCAGUGAGGCCUCAACCUCAAGAGGUUUAGACACCAACAUCCUCAAAGGGCACACUUAAGUAUUAACAUAAGACACUAAUUUACUUGCUAAUCCGUAACAGUGAUGAU